GCUGAAUCUCUGCUUUACCCAGAUCGGAUGGAGGCUCUGGAGCUGGUCCGUUUGCCCAGGUUGUCCCGGGUCGCAGUGUGUGGGGGUACCCAUGGCAACGAGCUGUCCGGGGUGUACCUGGUGAGAGAGCUUCUGAAGGAGAAGGAGCAACGGACGGAGAAGAGACGGGCUGAGGAGGAACUGGAAGAGCCCGCGUCUCCGCUGAUGCUGCUGUCCAACCCCAGAGCCAUCCAGCAGUGCCGCCGAUACGUGGACACGGACAUGAACCGCUGCUUCACCCACGCAGCCCUCAGCGGGCCCUUGUCAGACACGGCUCCCUACGAGGCCGUCCGCUCCCGCGAACUGAACACCGUGCUGGGCCCCAAAGGCAGCCAGAGGGCCGUGGACCUUGUUUGCGAUCUCCACAACACCACCUCCAACAUGGGCCUGUGCUUCAUCGCAUACUCCGACAGCGACUGGAUCUGUCUUCACAUAUUCCAGCAUCUGCAGAGGCAAAUCCCGGACAUACCAAUGAGAUUCAUCCAUUUUGAUGUCUCCAGGAAAGAGUCAUAUUCCCUCGAUUCAGUGGGAAAACAUGGCUUUGCCAUGGAGAUCGGCCCUCAGCCCCACGGCGUGGUGAGGUCAAACGUCUACACGGUGAUGAGAGCUGGAGUGCAACACAUGCUGGAUUGGGUCCACUUUUUUAACUCAGGGACUGUAUUUAAAGGAGGAUUUGUGGACGUGUUCACCAUGGUUAAAAACAUUGACUACCCAAGAGACAGCCUGACUCACAACAUCACAGCCGCCAUUCAUCCUCUACUCCAGGACCGAGACUUUUGCUUGCUCCACCCCGAGGACCCUCUAUUCCAGACCUUCUCUGGGGAGACCCUGAGGUACAAAGGCACUGAGCCUCUCUACCCGUUCUUCAUCAACGAAUGCGCUUACUAUGAGAAGGGGAUCGCGCUGUCCCUGGCCAGGAAGAGGCGCGUGAUGAUCCCCGCCAUCAGAGUUCAGACGGAAGAGGAGAGGCAAGCCAGGGAGCAGCAUUUCACAUCGGAGGAGGAGUGA